AUGACGAACCACCUCAGUUGGCGCCACCCCCAUGAGGGGUUCGCACCUCAGGAGUUCGCCGCCUUCAACGCCCACGUCGUCCGACGCCUCGUCGCGCGGCUGUGGGGAGAGGGGGGCGCUCCACCUCGCCAGACGAAACGAAACCCUUCAAAACUCCACGAAACCAACCAUCAAGGGGGGGAUAAAGAAGCCUUGGAUGUUGCCACGGAGGUUGGGGUGAUUUCACCCCAUUCCACGGGAUUUUCGUCGUCGAUAUCGCCACCAUCACCUCCUCCAUUUCAGCUCCUUCUGCUCGUUGAUGUGGCGAAUAUGGAGUUGAACUCCUCCCCGGCGGUCCUGGAGCUGCUGGAGAGCCCCGAGGCGAAGCGGUUUUUUUCCUCGAUGCCGAUCGCGUUCGGGAUGAUUCACGAGAUUUUCAUUCCGCACACCGCGAAGACGCCGCACGGUUUUUUCCGCCUCGCGCAGCUUCACCCGUGGUCGGAGAUGUUCACCUAUUACGCCGUCUCCCGGCUGGAGUCGGGGGAUAUGGAGAUCUCCAGCCUCAUCGGUGCGUUACGGAUCGAAACGGAUGCCCACGCACGGCGGCGAGGGAAGAUAGCCGCAACCGCGAGCCUGGAGGAGUCGCGAAGUCGCGCUGUUUCGCCACGCCUCCCGCCGAUGGUGAUUCUCACGAUGGAUAAACACCUCAAAACGAGUUUAAUCGAACACUACGGUGAUGGCGGCGGGGAUGAGAGGCUGUUUAACACCACUGUGGAUGCGAGCGAGUUCGAAUCGGUGAACGGCGCGAUCCCGCGGCUUCAACACCAAUCCGAGGUCCGGCUCUAUGUUCCAAGGGCCCUUUCGGCGUUUCAGAUUAUGCGAACCCUGCGGCUGUUGCAGAAGGGAAUGAGUGUGUAG